AUGAAUGGGGAUCACACUGGCUCCAGUGUAGCUGGGAUUCCUGUGCUGCAGCAGGCAACCAUGCCAACCAUGCAGCCAACCAUGCAGCCAACCAUGCAGGCAACCAUGCAGGCAACCAUGCCAACCAUGUGUCCACAUACUUCUGGUUGUGUGCGUAUAUAUGUGUGUUCAUACCAUCUUUUCUUUCUCUGUACUCUCCUCCUCUCCCUGCAGGUCAUCUACAACUCAUUUGGAGGCACGUCUAAAGGACUACACUUUAACAACCUCAUCAUUGGCCUGGUGCUGCUGACUAGAGGACGAGAUGGGGAGAAGGCCAAGUACCUCUUCAGCCUGUUUGCCAGUGAGUCGGGCGGCUAUGCGGCACGAGACGACAUGGAGGCCGUGCUACGGGCGUUGGACGGGGAAGUCCCGCCGUCUCUAAGGAAGUGCUUCAACGAGGGGGAGAAAGUCAACUAUGAACGCUUUAAGAACUGGCUCCUUCAGAACACUGAGGCGUUCACCUUCUCCCGUUGGCUGCUCUCCGGAGGCGUGUCUGUCACCCUCACAGACGACAGCGACACGCCCACCUUCUACCAGACUCUGGCCGGAGUCACACACUUAGAAGAGUCUGAUAUCAUUGACUUGGAGAAGCGCUACUGGCUGUUGAAAGCCCAGUCCAGGACCGGACGCUUUGACUUGGAAACCUUUGUCCCGCUGGUCUCUCCUCCUAUUCACGCUUCGCUAAGUGAAGGUUUGUUUCAUGCGUUUGAUGAGAACCGGGACAAUCACAUUGACUUUAAGGAGAUCUCCUGUGGCCUGUCUGCCUGUUGCCGGGGGCCCGUCGCCGAGAGGCAGAAAUUUUGUUUCAAAGUGUUUGACGUGGACCGGGAUGGGGUUCUGUCUCGAGACGAAAUCCACGAGAUGGUAGCCGCACUCCUGGAAGUGUGGAAGGACAAUCGCACGGACACACUUCCUGAACUGCUCACCAACGUGUCGGACAUAGUGGAGGGAAUCCUGAAGAUGCACGACACGACCAAGCUGGGUCACCUGACCCUGGAGGACUACCAGAUCUGGAGUGUGAACAGUGCUCUGGCCAACGAAUUCCUCAACCUGCUGUUCCAGUGGUGGACGCUGUGGAAAGACUACGUCAAAUAUGACCACAAGUCCAUCGUGGUGGAUCAGCCCUCUAUCCUCUCCUCUCUGAGGAAUCCUCAGGCCUCUGCCACCGUCAAGCCUGCCCCCCUGGAGCCAGGGUUAGGGGUACGCUGUGUAGCGGAAGGUCUGCCCGGCCCAGCCAGCGCCUCAGAGGAGAGGUCCCCUGAUGCUGUGUCCAGCGCCUCUGAAGCAACAGAGACCCAAAGCACAGUGGUGACCCCCCAGGCCGGCCCCUCAGCCACAGAGAUCUGUUUUGCCCGGCAACACAACAUGUCAGACAACAACCAGUGUUUCUCCAGGGCCAACGGCCACAUCCCCUCCCUCUCCCAGUCCCAUCUGGCACCUCAGAGACCUGGAGCCAUCGACAACCAGCCCCUGGUCAACACAGACCCCAUGAAGGCCCCCACAUUGACCAUGGAGGGAGGCCGGCUGAAGCAGUCCCUACAGCUGGUGGCGGGCAGGGACUUUGAGACGGUACCAGAGCCUGUGUGGAGGGCACUGUUCCACUGGUAUGGAGCCAACCUCAGCCUGCCACGACCGGUGAUCCAGCAGACGAAAACAGGCCGUGCUGAGCUGGAGCUCUUCCCACGCUACCUCCUCUUCCUGCGGCAGCAGCCCGCCACACGCACCCCCCAGUCCAACAUCUGGGUUAACAUGGGUAUGACCAGCCUGAGAAUGUUCCCCCAGCACCUCCCCAGAGGUAACGUAAGCCUGCAGCAAGAAAGAAAGACGACGUACGUUGAUAUGCCUGCAGGCAGUCAGAUUAGUUUCUGGGCGGUGUGUUACAGAGGAGAGUCAGGGAAGAGAGGAGGAGUGUUACACGUUCGUGGUGCAGAGACCUACAGGCUGUUUUCCGGUGCGGAGCUACCGAUAGGCAUGCUGCAGGACAGCGUGCAUACAACACAAGCGGUCAGGGCAUUCUACAAGGUGUCAUCAAGAACCAAUCCCAUCGGGAUGCGAGGUCACAUGGCUAAAUGCUACGGAGACUUACUGAUGGAGCUGUGGAGUGGAACUCAGAAGAACGUCGCUCCUCUCAAACUCAGGUGGACGAUAGCGAAGUACGCCCCACGGUUCAAYGGCUUCCAGCAGCAGGACAGUCAGGAGCUUCUGGCCUUCCUAUUGGACGGGCUCCAUGAGGACCUGAACAGGGUGCAUGAGAAACCCUACGUAGAGCUGAAGGACAGCAACGGACGACCCGACUGGGAGGUCGCCUUAGAGGCGUGGGAGAACCACUUGCGGAGGAACCGUUCCAUCGUGGUGGAUCUGUUCCACGGCCAGCUCAAGUCCCAGGUCAAGUGUAAGACGUGUGGUCACAUCAGCGCCCGCUUCGACCCCUUCAACUUUCUGUCUUUACCCCUCCCCAUGGACACCAUGCACCUGGAGAUCACUGUCAUUAUGCUGGAUGGUUCUACCCCUGUACGGUUCGGCCUGAGGCUCAACAUGGAUGACAAGUACACCGGUCUGAAGAAACAGCUGAGUGAGCUGUGUAGUCUGAAACCAGAACAGAUACUACUGGCUGAGGUCCACAGCUCCAACAUCAAGAACUUCCCUCAGGAUAACCAGAAGGUGCGUCUGUCAGUGAACGGCUUCCUGUGUGCGUUUGAGAUCCCUGUGCCAGGCUCCCCCACUUCCCUCACAGGCUCCCCCACUUCCCUCACCUCUCCAACACAGACAG